UUAGCUAACCCAACAAUACGUUCGGCAGCGAUACUGUUACACAAUCCAUCGACAGCCCAGGCUAUCGAACGUGGACGGCCAAAGUUCUCUCUAGGGGGCGCGCGGCAAAGUUGUUGCUGAGAGAAUUCGCUGCCAACGUGUCGUCAGUUAAAACGAAAAAACCACUCAUUCCAUCAUCGUCCCAUCUCUCUCUGUUACUCAGUCUCAACAGAAGAAUUUUAUUUCUGAUAUUCUCCGAUUUCUCGUUCCCCACUUCUACGGCAUUUUCCCUUUCGAUUAACAUUUCUUCAGAGAUCGCCAUUAUUUCUGCGGAUUCCGCGAAUACCCUUCAAAUGUCGGUCCCAAUGGAUCAUCAUGAUCCAAGAAUGGGAAUAGAUCUCCCAUUAUCAAAUUGGACAAUCAAUGUUUCGGAUAUAAGAACAGUCAAGGUGAGCAAUAUUUCACUAGCUGCAUCUGAACACGAUAUUAAAGAAUUUUUCUCUUUCACUGGUGAUAUUCAAUAUAUUGAAAUGCAAAGUGAAUCGGAAAGGUCUCAGCUUGCAUAUGUUACUUUCAUGGAUUCACAGGGUGCAGACACAGCAAUACUUCUGUCGGGUGCCACAGUUAUUGAUCAUUCUGUCACCAUAACACCUGUUGAAAACUACCAAUUGCCUCCUGAAGCUUUUCCACCAAACGAGCCCUCUAGUACCAAUUCUGCUGUUAAAAAGGCUGAGGAUGUGAUGAGUACCAUGCUGGCCAAGGGCUUCAUACUGGGGAAGGAUGCUAUCAACAAGGCCAAGGCCUUUGAUGAGAGGUUCCAGCUGACAUCAAAUGCAUCUGCCACAGUUGCAUCCCUUGAUCGGAAGAUGGGCCUUAGUGUGAAAAUAAGUGUUGGGACUGCUGUGGUAAAUGAGAAGGUGAGGGAGGUGGAUGAGCGAUUCCAAGUGAUUGAGAAGACAAAGUCAGCCCUUUCAUUGGUUGAACAGAAGGCAAGCAGUGCAGGGUCUGCACUCAUGAGCAAUCCUUACGUAUCAAUUGGGGCAUUAUGGGUGUCAAGUGCCUUAAGCAUGGUUGCCAAGGCAGCAGAGGAUGUCAGCCUGAUGACAAGGAAGAAAGUUGAGAAGGCUGAGGAGGAGAAGGAGACAAUUCAUCAAGAGAAGACAGGGAUUAUUAAUGAUUUUUCACAAAUUCAUCUUGAUGAACCUUCAGCUAGGGAGUCUCCUGUUGUGUCAAUUUCUUCUCCUGAUGAUGCAAAACUUGGUAUUAUAUAAUCACACUGUUGUUAUAUUUUUUUUAUCUCAGUUCCAUGUCAUUUUCUUCUUUUUUUUCCAGUUUGUUGUAUAUCUUUUCUCUGGUGGGGAGUGGUUGACGAUACCUUCUUUAGUUAAAUUUGUUUCUAUUGGUAUUGAACUUUGUUUAGAAUGCUUGGUUGUCCCAGAAUCAUUUUUCAAGUUGAUUGUUCCAA